AUGGAUGAAGUGGAGGAGAAACAUCAGUAUCAGACACCUAAUAAUUCCAAAAAGAAUUCCUCACAAAAAAGAAGUCAAAAGGCAAGAACCAAGAAAUCUUUAACCUGCCCUCAGUGUGGAAAGAGUUUCACACAAAAAGGACACCUUGAAAAUCACAUGAGAAUUCACACAGGAGAGAAGCCAUUCAUAUGCCUUCAGUGUGGCAAGAGUUUCACUCGUGCAGACAUCCUUAAAAAGCACAUACUAAUUCACUCUGGAGAGAAGCCUUUCCAGUGUCCUAUGUGUGAAAAGAGUUACUGUUGUUGCCUUCAUUCUCACAUGAGAAUUCACACUGGAGAGAAACCUUUUAUAUGCCCUCAUUGUGGAAAGAGUUUCACACGUAAAGCUCAUCUUAAUAGUCAUGCAAGGAUUCACACUGAAGAGAAGCCUUUCACAUGCCUCAAGGGUGGAAAGAGUGUCUCAUGUUCAAGAAGUCUCAAAAAUCAUCUGCACUCGCUGCACACUGGAGUAAAUUAA